UUAUUUUGGUAAGGAAAUUCAUGUGGCGUAUUCAUCCAUGGCAUUGUGGUUGGUAGGGUUCUGGAACGCUGGAAGCUGGAGUUGGAACUGACAAACCGUGCAAGGAAGCCAACAUAACCUUCACCAACAUUGACUUUCGGCGGGUAUGCGAGCUCUUGUUUCUUCUUUCUCUUCGUGCUGUAGCAUUCGACGUCUGCUAUUAACAAUCCGCGGCACUAAUUUCAACAACGUCGUGAUUCGUGCGACGAUGGAGAAGAGGAGUGAAGAAAAACUUGAGACUGUGAAUCUCAAAAACAUUCCCAACGUCAAUAAACUCCAGCAACUGACUAACGCCGAUCCUUCUGGUGGUUGGGAAAAGAGCUGGGAGCUGGGAUUAACCCCGUGGGAUUUAGGACAACCAACACCUGUUGUUCUUCACCUUCAGCAAGGUGGAGCUCUUCCCAAUGGUAGAGCUCUGGUACCUGGAUGUGGCACUGGGUAUGAUGUGGUGGCAAUGGCAUCUCCUGAACGCUAUGUUGUUGGAUUGGACAUAUCAGAAAAUGCCAUUAAGAAGGCAAAGGAGAUGUCGUCCUCAUCACCAAAUGCAAACUGUUUUGCCUUCUUAAAGGAAGACUUCUUCACUUGGUGCCCUAGUGAGUUAUUUGAUCUCAUUUUUGACUAUACAUUCUUCUGCGCCAUUGAACCAUCAAUGAGAUCAGCAUGGGCAAAGAGAAUGUGCAAACUUCUAAAACCAGAUGGAGAACUUAUAACGCUGAUGUUCCCAAUCAGUGACCAUGUUGGUGGACCGCCUUAUAGAGUAUCAGUAGCUGAGGUCAUCGUAUUCUUUAUGCAGCUACGAAGAGGUGCUACGUCCCAUGGGCUUUAAAUCAGUGUCUGUUGUGGAUAAUGACCUUGCUAUAGGUCCUCGCCAGGGAAGAGAGAAGCUGGGAAGGUGGAAGUUCGUUGCUAAACCUUCUCUAUAACAGUGAUCAUCAAGAGGACUGGCUUUCUGAGCUGGAGACUAUUGGUCAGUGCGACCAAUGCUGCGUAAUAAAAGUUUCUUUUUUCAUUUGAUGUUUGUGGGUUAAACGAAAAGAAGAGCAAUAAAUAAACUAUGGUAAUUUCCAUACAGUGGUUAAAGUUUGGCUAUGAUUACAACUGAGUUUAUUGGGUUUGAAAAA